UUCUACCCUGCUGGGUUUAGGUGUUAGCAGAUGGCUGCACACCUCAAUCCUCUUAGCACUCUUCUUUCUGCUGAUCGAGACGCACUGAAUACAACAACCAUGUCUCACUCUGUCCUUUUCUCACAAGUCGGCUUUUCUCCUCUUGUCUCCAUGUUCUGAGCAGAAGUUUUUUUGUCUCCAUGUUGUGAGCAGAAGUCUUCUUUUCUCCUCUUGUCUCCAUGUUGUGAGCAGAAGCUGACGUCAGGAGGUCUCACCAUGUCUGCAGAGAAGGAAAUGGACGAAAGAAGCCAAAGAAGAAGAAAGAGGAGGCCAGCAGCCCCACGGAGGCCAAGCUGAAAGGAGGCGAGGCCAAGAUGAAAAAAGUCAAAAGUAAAAAGAAGGAGGAGGCGCCAGAGGAGACUCAAAAUGGAAAAAAGGUGAGGAAGAAGGCAGAAAAGACUAAAGAAGAAGCGGACCCAGAGAAGGAAAAGGAGACCAAAAAGAAAGUCAAAAGUGAUCCCAAGAAAAAGAAAGGUUCUGUCACGGACGAGGAGGACCAGGACGAGGAGGAGAAGGACAUCCCCAAGAAGAAAGGCAAAAAAAAGACCAGCUCACCUUCUGCCAAGGAGAAGAAACCUCGAUCUAAAGAGGACAAGGAGUCGGAUGGAAAAGAGAAGAAGUACAAGUCCAAAGAAAGGGAAAAGAAGCAAGAAGCAGCCUCCAUGUUCCAGAUCAAUGCUGGUAAAGACUCCAAAAGCAAAAAGAAAGCCGCCAAGUCCGAGAGCGACGACAGCGAAGAAGAAAGCAAGUCCACCAAUUCCAAGAAGAAAUCAGCGUCGUCUCUCUUCCAGACGUCAGGAGACAAGGACAAGAAGUCCAAGAAGAAAGGUAAGGCGGAGCAGAGCCAAUCGGACUCGGAGAAAGAAGAGAAAUCCAAAAAGAAAAAAGGCAAAGGGAAGAAGAAAAAGACAAGGUCGCCAUCGCCCGACAUCCACUUUGACAACUUGGAGGUGUUUGUGCUGGAGGCUGCACCUCAGGGCAGGACUGUGAGGUGCAGGGUGACCCGGGACCAGCGGGGGAUGGACAAGAGUCUCUACCCGCUCUACUACCUGCACCUGGACCACGACAAGAAGACCUUUCUGCUGGCUGGCAGGAAGAGAAAAAAAUGUGCAACCUCCAAUUAUCUCAUCUCUACUGACGCUACUGAUCUAUCUAGAGGUGGACAUAAUUUCAUAGGGAAGCUGAGGUCCAACUUGAUGGGCACCAAGUUCACGGUCUUUGACAACGCUCUGAACCCCGAGAGAGCCCUACCAGACAUGUCUAACGCCCGGCAGGAGUUAGCAGGCAUCAUCUACGAGACCAACGUCUUAGGCAUGAAGGGCCCCAGGAGGAUGACGGUCAUCAUCCCCGGCAUGGACAAGGACGAUGAGCGAGUGGCUCUACGGCCAAGAAAUGACUGUGACGGCCUGCUGAUCCGGCACCAGAACCGCAGGAUGGAGAAUCUGAUUGAGCUUCACAACAAGACGCCGGUGUGGAACGAAGAAACCUCCUCACAUGUGCUCAACUUCAAUGGCAGGGUCACACAGGCCUCCAUUAAGAACUUCCAGAUAGUCCAUGACAAAGACUUGGACUACAUCGUGAUGCAGUUUGGCCGAAUAGCGGACGACAUUUUCACUCUGGACUUCAAGUACCCUCUGUGUGCCGUACAGGCCUUCGCCAUCGCGCUCUCAAGCUUCGAUGGUAAACUGGCCUGCGAGUAACACACACACACACAAACACACACACGAGUAACACACACACACACACAAACACACACACACACAAACACUUUCAUGUAUUUCUUACCUUCUUGAGACCUCCGAAAAAAUGCCUACCUCUUUAGGACCACCCUUUCUAGGUAUACAGAAAGGUCACAAUAUAUUUUACAACAAUAAUAAAAAGGUUUUCAAUAUUGUGAUAAAAGUCAGAAUUUUACAUGACAAAUGUCCCCAUUUUGCAUUAAAAAGUAAUAAUUUUACAUCAAAAAAGUAAUAAUUUUACAUCAAAAAAGUAAUAAUUUUAUGAGAAAAUAUUGCAAUAUUACAGAAACAGAAAGAAUAUGAGAAAUUGUUCCCAAUUUUAUAAGAAAAAAAGUCCACACAUUGUGAGAAAAACAGUGCUUUUAGUUAAUUAUUUAUUUAUUUUUUAUAAAUGUUUUGUUUGUAAUUGUUUUUUAAUGUUUAUUAUUUACUUCAAGUUAUUAGAGUAUGUCUCGAUAUGCAUAUUUAUUUAAUUGUUUUAGCAAUUUUUGCCAAAGGGGGCACAUUUCAAUUUCUUACACACACUUGUUAUUUCAUUUCAUAUGUUGGCCAGAGGAAGAGCACUUCACAUUUUUACACACACUUGUUAUUUCAAAUGUUGACCAGAGGGAGAGCACUUUUAAAAGCGACACACAGUCAAUGUGAAAAAUCCCUCCUUUUUAGGGACCACCCUCAUUUUGAUAGAUGUCACCACAAGUGAGACAUUGUCUAUUAUAUGCAUUGUUAUUGGGACCAUGAUACAUGUCAUCAUAUGGAAGAUACUUGUUCUCUGUUAUGUCUCAAGAAGGGUACGAAUACAAGAACACACACACACACACACACACACACGCCUAUCAGAUCGAGCCACGUCCGAAGAGAUGAACGUGACGAUUCUGCUGCUGAGGCGGAGGCGCCACUCUUGGGGGUCUGUUGUUCCCCACAGUUAUACGUCAGACUACUCAGCAGACAUCUGGACUAUCAACCUGGACUGUUAUUGUCCUGAUGACAAUAACAAGAGUAUGGGUGUAUCGUUUUGUUCAAAUGGUGGCUAGAAAGACAAUGAGAUGUUUAAUUGCUUCCAGGCUUAUUCAUUCUCCCCAAGUCUUUGCUUUGUUACUCGACUUACUUUAUGUCAACUUUCUUUUGCACUGCAGGGUUUUAAGAGACUAACAUGUCAGGUAUUUGCACUUGCACCCAGGGGUGUUACACAGACAAUAAGUGAUGAUCUUUGCUUUAAACCAUUACCACUUCCAGCUACCGGGGAUCAAUAAACAUUGAU